AUGACGUUCUCCCAUCGUCAGCUCCCGUCGUCGGAGGCUCCCAGGCGGUCGGGAGAGCGGCAGCGCCGGCGAGCUCGUGGAGGUGACGACAUUCUCCCGUCGUCGAAGAUCGGGAAGGCCACCUCGCUCUCGAUGUUAAGGCGCGCCGGCGAAACCUCCUCUUCCACGACGUGCUACGGCGGCCUCGGGCGGCGAACUGAGAAGGCAACGCAGAUCCGGAGGCCGAGCCCCCUCAGAUCCCUUCGGCAGGAGGAGCAACCUCGCCUGGGCACCCGCUCCGCCUUCUCCCAGCACUACGAGAAAGCAGACCACCACCACGUCCUGGCGAACUUCGAGCAGGAUGAGGAGCGAGCCUUCUCAUGGGCAGUGGAGGCAGCUGCUCUACCCUGCAGCUGUGGCGACGACGGCUUCUCCAUCUCGGUGGCCGACGUCCCACCCCACGACGACGGCGCGGCCCACCCCGGAGGCAGCCACGGCACCAUCCCUCACCCCUACGCUGGAUCCAUGCAUGGAGCACGAUGCACGGCGGCUGCGGCUUCUUCACCACCAGCAUCACGAAGGGGAGGUGGAGGCAGCGACGGCGGCCCGUCCCUCCCACACCCAGUGGCGGCGGCCCAUCCCUACAACCCGGUGUAG